CGAAGCCAUCCAUCCAUGAUAGGUUUGACAUUCCUUGUCGACUUUGGAUUUCUACCUUCAGUUUCAAUUUACAAUCUAAAGUUGUUUUCAAAUAGUCAAGAUCUUGGGAUACGCUCGUCACUGUCUUCACAGCUCCUCCGGCUGACAUGCCUCGAAUACCUCCACGAUGAACGCGGUAGAUGGCUCAGAUCAUUAUGAAGUUGCGACAGGAGGCGCUUCUCCAUCACUUCUGGUCCUCAUUCUGGACACCAAUCCCCAUGCCUGGGCACUUCUCUCUCCGACAUUACCCCUCUCGAAAGCCAUAGCUAACAUUCUCGUCUUCAUAAAUGCGCAUCUUGCGGUGAACAAUGCAAACCAAGUUGCUAUCGUGGCCAGCCAUAGCCACCGCGCCGCUUGGCUUUACCCACGAUCUCCAUCAAGGGCCGAGGAUGUCGAGAUGAGCGAUGGCAGUAGACCAAGCCUCGAUAAUGCGAACAAAUACCGCCCGUUUGCACUAAUAGAAGAGGCACUUCUUUCCUCGCUGCGCGAGCUCAUAUCUACGACCACCGAAACAGAUGUCGCGACUACAACCACGACGCAAAUGGCCGGUGCUCUAACGCUGGCACUGUCCUACAUAAACAAAGCUACCAUGUCCUACUCUGGCAUAACUACAGAAUCAAAACCUGCUCCGACGAGCCUCGAGACGACUGAUACACCAACAGGCCUACAGAGUCGAAUACUGGUCAUUUCAGUCUCGGGCGAUUUGGCACAUCAAUAUAUACCUAUCAUGAAUACUACGUUUGCAGCACAGCGAUUACGGAUACCGAUAGACAUUCUGAAGUUAGCCGGAGACACAGUGUUUUUACAGCAAGCAUCCGACGCUACGAAGGGUAUUUAUAUGCAGCUGCGAAACCCUCAAGGUUUUCUACAAUAUCUCAUGAUGGCUUUCCUUCCCGACCAAGCGGCCCGGAAACACCUAGUAGCUCCAACCCAAGAGGUAGUUGAUUUCAGAGCAGCAUGCUUCUGUCAUAGAAAGGUUGUAGAUGUGGGAUUUGUUUGCAGCAUUUGCUUGAGCAUCUUCUGCUCUCCACCAGAAGGAGCUAUAUGCCUUACCUGCUCAACACACCUAACCCUUGGUGAUUAUGGUGCAAAACCCGCUGUCGUUCCGAAGAAGAAGAAGAAAAAGAAGAAAUUAAAUGGUGGGGUGGAUACAGGCAGUGCAAGGGGUACUCCAGCUCCGGGAGAAUGAAGUUGCUUUUCAAGUUUGUACUCUAGUCUCGUUGCCAUAGAAGCAGGGCAGAUGGGCAGCCUUGAAUUACAUGGACGUCUUCGAAC